UAUCGCGCAGUACUUUUGAGAGUGCUCGAUUGUGCGAAGCGUUGCUGUAGUUGGAACAUUCAACGUUGAGCAUUAUGUCGCAUAAUGCGCUCUAGUGCUGUAAUUGGAAAACCACCAGAAUGAACAGACACCUCUACCGUUUGGUCUAAAGGCCAAGUUUCAAAGGCCGUUUGGUCUAGAUACCAGGCCAUAAACUACAACAAAAACCUCUACCAUCAAGUACGUCAAUGACAUGUCAACUUUGACGUCUACCAUGACAAUUUCUCUAAUUUGUAUGAAAACUUUAAAAAAAUAUGUAUCGUACGUAAACCGUGAAUUUCCGCUAUUUGAAAAUUUGUAAUAAAAAUUCUAUUUGUACGUACUCAAUAAAAAAAAUGAACUUCCAAAUCGAUGGACCAUAAUGGAAGUUUUAUCUUUUUAAAUUCUUGACUUAUGUUUUGUUGUUAAAAUGCGUAAAUAUACUCGUCGAAAGCCAGAAAGCGAACUGAUAGUAGACGCUCUCGACUUAUGUAGAUUGUGCCUUCAGAAACCUCAGGAGGCCAUUCCCAUUUUCGAAGGCACCAACAAUAUUUGUGGAACACUGUCCCUGAGAAUCAUGAUGUGUGUAGGCCUUGAGUUAACACACGAGAAUUGUCUACCAAAUGUAAUUUGUACUGGCUGCUUUGAAGAACUAAAUAGAUGUUAUACAUUCAGAAAAAAAUGUGAAGUCUCAUAUCAAAAACUCAAAUCACAUUUACAAGCGGUCAAAGAAAAGGAAUGUUUAAACCAGACAAUGCAGCAAGCUGUUAAAGAUGAUGUGAAUUUAAAUAAAAAUGUAAUUAAUAAUCAUAUAAAUAAAGAUAAUGGAUAUGCUGUGUUAAGUCAUGAUCAGUUAACAUCAGACUUGCAAAUAUGCAAUGGGGUUAUCGAAGUGAAUAGUGAUGCUACUAUGAAUGAGCAAAGUAUAUUUCAAGAUGGAAAACGUUUUGGUGAAACAGACGAUGUAUUGCAGGAAGCAAGAAAUACAGAGAUCACACCAGAUAUAUCAUCAUUCUUAUCAACAUUACUAGUACAAGUUGGAGUGCUAUCCCAGCAAGAUGAUAUGUAUGUAUUUAUGGACUCGAGUAUAAACAAUUUGCAGCUGUCCACGGGCGAUGGAAAGACUGUAUCGUUAGAACUAGUAGAAGAAGAUGAGGAAGAAAAGGAACCUGUUAAAGAAACAGAUCCCGUGUUAAAUGAAGAAAACACAAAUGUUAUUACUUCGACUGAUACAGCGAACGUUAGCCAACCUUUGAAUCAAAAACUACCAAGCAGCGAGAAUCAGAGCAAAGGACAGGGCGCGUGGUGCGGCGCGUGCGGCAAGCGGCUGUCGUCCCGCGGCGCGCUGCGGCGACACGCGCACGUGCACACGGUGGAGCGGCCGCACGCCUGCUCCGUGUGCGGCCGGACCUUCGCGCAACGCUCCGUGCUUCAGAGACACAAACUAGUACAUCUAGCGCCCGUUCCAGUGCGAGUGGUGCGCCAAGAGCUUCACGCAGCGCUCGGCCCUGGCGGCGCACCGCCGCGCGCACGAGCCGCCCCACGCGCGCGCCCUGCACCUGCACCGCUGCGCGCACUGCACCAAGCUCUUCCUGCACUCCUCCAGUCUGAGUCGGCACAUGCUGACGCACAGCGGCCGCGUGUACGAGUGCGGCGGCUGCGGCCGACAGUUCAACGACAAGAGCUCCCUGCUGCGGCACCUCAAGACCGCCAGCCACCGAGACCAGCCCGCCGCGACGUAGGCAGGGCGUGACGCCGGUGGGGCGUGACGCUGGCGGGGCGUGACGCCGGCGGGACGUGACACCGGAGGGGCGUGACACCGGAGGGGCGUGACGCCGGCGGGGCGUGACACCGGAGGGGCGUGACGCCGGCGGGGCGUGACACCGGAGGGGCGUGACGCCUGCGGGGAAUGGCGCUGCGUGUCGCUAGCGGGGCGUGACGCUGGCGCGGCGUGACGCUCAUGUCGGAGUUGUGACGUAGUGCUCUAUUGAACGUUCGUUCAAGAGAUUAGUUUCCUAACGUUCUCAGAUGAUCAAGACAAUGUGCAAUAAGUGCAAUUUCAAGACGCUAUAGCUGAAGAAUCUAUACAGAAUUAUGUUCCUGAAGCUGACUAGUUAAAUAAAUAUAUUUGUUAUCGUAUCUGGCCACCAUCAAUAACUAUCACACGUUGCAAUUUUUUCUACAAAUUUCCUAUUCAGCUUAUAUUUUAUUUCUUUACUAAACCUUAAAACAAGUACAUAACAAUUAAAUUACAAAAUAUGUAAUAUAAAUACGAAAUAUAUAGUCUCGGAUUGUUUCUCUAUCUAUGUCCAGUACGUCAAGCACGAUAAUCUAUCGAAUUUGUAAUGUAAAUGUAUCGAGUCCUCGAUACGAAAACAGAUCAUUACAUUAGAUCAAUAGUUCCCAGACUUAUUUUGUCUAUUGCCUACUUUGAGAAUAAUUUUUUUUUUAUCGUCCCCAUUUUUCCAACUACUUCAAAACCACUAUAGCGAGAGCUCAAUCGGUGCCUAAGACUCUUCCUAGAUAAAAUUACAAAUCGCCUCCCAAGCCUCUACACAACGCCCCCAUUUUUUUCUUGGUCUCUUACUGCCCCCCUUUAGGCCUGCAGCGCCCACAAGGGUGCCCACUUUGGGAAAAGCAUUAGAUGGUAGUACUCGAUAGCCAGCUAGCCUUCGAGGUUUACGUUACCGUAUGUCAAAACAAUUUUUGUGAUCUCAAUUAUAAGUUUCGAGUUUCGAGAACGUGACCAUUUGAUUGCGAAACGAAAAUUUAAUUAUAUUUACGGCCGGUUGGGGCGCUUUUUAAAUCCUAUACAUUCUUUCUCGAUACGAAUAUUUUUUCGAUAGUCAUUCGUGCCGCUCUGGCCUCUACGAGUAGUAUGCACAAUAGAUGAAGAAGUCAGGGACCGGUAACCGUGUGCUCCGUCGGCACAGAUAAUGCCAACAACUUCACUGCCACUAGUGGUUGGUCGAUAUCGAUAGUUGGAUAUAUCGACACUUUGAUAUACCGUUAUCGAAAAAUAGGCUUUAAAAGUACAAGAUGGUUUUUGAAUUUUGUUAUUUUAAUAGGAAUAGCUAACAACUAGCCAAUUUUGUAUUUAAUUCCCCUUGAAAUACACAAUUAAAUCAAAUCGAGUAAUGGAAAUGAUUCAAAUCUGUUAAACAAAAGACAAUCUAACAAUGAUUGAUUAAUGAUUGCUGGUAGCAAUUGGUGUUUUUAUUUAUUUAUUGCAUAGAUUGGUGGACGAGCUCACAGCCCAGCUGGUGUUAAGUGGUUACCGGGGCCCACAGACAUCUACAAGUUAAAUGCCGCCACUUACCUUGAGAUAUGAGUUCUAAGGUCUCAGUAUAGGAACAACGGCUGGCCCACCCUUCAUACCGAAACGGACUUUAUUGCUUCAGGGCUGAAAUAGGCAGGGUAGUGAACAAUGGCGGAUCCAGGGGGGGGUCAUGGGGGUCAUGACCACCCCCUGAGCUGGUUCCAGGACUUAGGUGGACCACUAAUUGAAUAUAAUGAUUUUAUUUAUAUAUUUUGUCACCGUACAGAUUUUAUGUAACUACAUACCUUCAAUAUUUAAUUAAUUUAAUAUAAUAUAAUAACUUUAUAUAAUGGCAAACGUUUGGGAAGGAACGCAUCUAAAUUUGACUAUGUGACCCCCCCUCCUGGCGCCAAAGCUGGAUCCGCCCUUGGUAGUGAAACCUACCUGUGCGGACUGACAAGAGGUCCUACCACCAGUAAAAAUAUAUUAUAUUGCUCUCCUUAGUUCUACCCGCCUUAAUAAUUAACUUUUAAAUUUUGUACGUACAUACGUUGUGCACGUCGUAUCUGUGAAAAUUCUCGAAUAAACUACAAAUUUAAUAAUAUACAUACAAAUUGACUUUCAAAAGCUUUGAUUGAGAAAUGUUUUUCAAUGUUAUGAUAAAUUAAAAUGUGUUAAAAUGUACAUAAUAUAUUUGUUUGUGGUGUCGUUAUUGCUGUCUCUAAUAGGGGUAGGUCCCCUCAGAAUAAUAUUUUGAUAAUUAUGUAAAACCGAAGUGUCUUCAGUACAAUCCAGAAAAAUAAAUUAUUAUGUAUUCAUACUUUAUAGUUGAGGCACAGUUUUUGAUUUUAGACUCAAAUAUACGUAUUAUUAUAAUAAUUAUUGACUUAAGGCGACUCAUCCGCCACUACUUGGACAACCGCCUUAUAAUCGCUGUCGCUUGUGAUUUAGGCCAUCAUCCAUUAUUGUUGUUCAAAACACGUUCGGGAAUACUUCGACAAUCUUGGAAACUGCGGGCAGUACAUAUUCAUACUCACUGUGUUACCCAUCCUUCGUGUCAGUGCCUAACCAAUACAGUGUGCUUAGUGCGAGUUUUUGAAGAUAUAUUUCUUUAGGCGCGUUAUGAAAAAUUUAUGAGAGUGAAAUUAUACGAUGCGCGCGCACCGUGACACAAAAUUAACAGAAUGAAGUUGCCCACUAAAUCGCUCAUUACAAUACGACCGACGUAACUUGGCGAGUCUGAAUAUAGCCGCAGGUGAACUUUCCGAACCGUAGUGAGAAUUACCGAAUUUAUACGAUGUCAAGAAAAGGGAUGUCCAAUAUGUGUGUUUGAGGAUGUUGUUUAAUCGAUUUUUUUUCAAAUUUAUUAAAUUUUAAAUAAAAAAAAGAAAUAAAUUUAAUAAAAAUAAAGUAUAACUUCUUACGCGCGUACAUAAGUACACGCAUCCUUUUUUUUAACGUUCUCGAUAGCGUAAAAGUUCGCUCAUAUUUGUAUGGAAUGGGAUCGUUUGCCUAAGUUUGCCGCUAGGGGCGCUGUUCCAACUGCAUACAAAAUUGGGCUAACCUUUACGCUAUCGAGAACGUUAAGAAACUGGCACUAAGCACACAGUUAGUGAAGUAGCACUACUACUGCUGCUCCUACAGAGUAAUUGUAAGGCGGUUGCCCAAGUAGUGGCGGAUAAGUGAGUCGCCACAAACUAAUAGAGUUACAAUAAUUUGAAAUAUACAACAUCUGUAAGUGUUUUAUUGUUAACUAGCUGACCCGGCAGACUUCGUAGUGCCUCAAUCCAUAAAUAAAAGACCUAAACUUUUGUAUAAAGUAAACUUAAAACAAACAAAAGGAAUCCGUCCGACGGGGGACACAAUAAAGGAAAAGCAAAAUUGUUAUUUUUAUUUCAUUCCGAGCAUUUUCAUAUUUAUCUACCUUUUAAACCUUCUCUGGACUUCCACAAAUAAUUCAAGACCAAAAUUAGCCAAAUGGGUCUAGCCGUUCUCGAGUUUUAGCGAGACUAACGAACAGCAAUUCAUUUUUAUAUAUAUAGAUAGCUAGAUAUAGGUGAAUGAGAUAUUAUUAAUGUUGUAUGUGUAUGUUGUUUAAUGUUGAUUUAUGACAUUUCGAAUAUGCAAACGAAGAGUUAAUGUUGUUUUUAAAUGAAAUGUAAUGCAAACGAAUUGAGUAGAAAUGUUGCAAUAAUCAAGAGUAUAUUUAAAUAUAAA